AUGCCUAAUAAACCCAAGAAAGACAAGCCGACGACUAAGAAUACGGGAAAUGCUAAAACUGCUGGAAAAGACGCUAAUGACAAUGGUGAUGACGAGGCAUCAAAAAAGAAAGCCCAGCAGAACACAGCAGAAACUCACCCUCCGCCUGCUGCAAUAAAUAAGAUCAAAUACCCAGGACCUCCUCAUAUAAAGAGAGAUAAGAGGCAGAACUCUUCACGGUUCAAUGUAUCCAAAAAUAGAGAACUUCAGAAACUCCCAUUUCUCAAAGAUGCACCGGUGGCGGAAAGAGAGGAGUUAUUUAUACAGAAGGUCCGCCAGUGCUGUGUACUGUUUGAUUUUGUACAAGAUCCUCUUAGUGAUUUAAAAUGGAAGGAAGUCAAGAGGGCCGCCUUAAACGAAAUGGUGGAAUAUGUAACGCAGAACAGGGGCGUUGUUACUGAGGCAAUUUACCCGGAAACUAUUUAUAUGUUUUCAGGUAACCUGUUUAGAACACUACCUCCAUCAUCCAACCCAACCGGAGCAGAGUUUGAUCCAGAAGAGGAUGAACCUACACUGGAAGCAGCCUGGCCUCAUUUACAGCUUGUCUAUGAGUUCUUUUUGCGGUUCCUUGAAUCGCCAGACUUCCAACCAAACACAGCCAAGCGAUACAUAGACCAAAAGUUUGUGUUGCAGCUUCUGGAUUUGUUUGAUAGUGAAGAUCCCAGAGAGAGAGAUUUCCUAAAAACAAUAUUACAUCGGAUAUAUGGGAAAUUCUUAGGUCUGCGGGCGUAUAUUAGGAAGCAUAUAAACAAUAUAUUUUACAGUUUUGUUUAUGAGACAGAGAGGCAUAAUGGUAUAGCAGAAUUACUAGAAAUUUUAGGAAGUAUAAUCAAUGGGUUUGCACUGCCGUUGAAAGAGGAACACAAGAUUUUCCUGCUGAAGGUGUUGCUGCCCUUGCACAAAGUGAAAUCUCUAAGUGUCUACCACCCACAGUUGGCCUACUGUGUUGUGCAGUUUUUGGAAAAGGACCCCAGUCUAACUGAGCAGGUCAUCAUGGGUUUACUCAAGUUCUGGCCCAAAGUUCAUAGUCCUAAAGAAGUGAUGUUUCUCAAUGAGCUGGAGGAAAUUUUAGAUGUGAUAGAACCAGCAGAAUUCACCAAAGUCAUGGCACCAUUGUUCAAGCAGCUCUCCAAGUGUGUCUCCAGUCCACAUUUUCAGGUGGCAGAGAGAGCUCUGUACUUCUGGAAUAACGAGUACAUCCUCAGCCUCAUCAGCGACAAUGUGGCCACCAUUCUGCCUAUCAUGUUCCCUGCACUCUACAGAAGCAAGGAGCACUGGAACAAAACAAUUCAUGGAUUGAUAUACAAUGCACUCAAACUGUUUAUGGAGAUGAAUCAAAAGUUGUUUGAUGAUUGUACUCAGCAGUAUAAAGCAGAGAGACAGAAGGACAAAGAAAAGCUCAAACAAAGAGAUGAAGCUUGGCAUAAGAUUCAGAAUCUAGCUAAGGACAAUCCACAGUACAAAGUAAUGAUGACGACGACGACCCCAAACAGUCAAGGGUCCAACACACCGGUCUCCCCUAACUGUGUUGCUGAGGACGAGGGGGAUGUUAUAGUUUCCAUGGAAAAACUGGAGGCAGAGGCCAAAGAU